AUGGCUCCGGGAGGGGCCGCAUACGCGACUCCGGUACCAAUGUUCGGUACUCGGAGAACGGACCGGGUACACGCAGCCGAAGUGCUUUGCAUGCGGCCUCCGGCGAUGGUAUGGAGUCCGGGGGGGGGAAUGGCCGGUCAGGUCAUUGACAAGAAGACGUUGUAA